AUGCGCCAACUCUUGGUGCCGUCGCGUAGGCAGUGCCGGGCGGGGAGUCAGGUGCGACUCCCUCGCGAUGGCAGGGGGGACGCGCCGAGCCCUCCCAGCCCCCGGACCUGCCGGCGGCCUUCUCUGUUCGACGGACCGACACCACCCGAGGUGCUGCUCGGUCACGUUUGCCGCCGGCGGCCGGAGAGCGGCACAUUCGUUCUUAAAGCAAUUGUGAACAGAUCAGUUUCAGAUGUCUGUGCAACUUGCCACAUUCAUGCAACAUGUCAUCAAAUUGAAGGAAAAAGUGUUUGCAUCUGCAACUAUGGAUUUGUAGGCAAUGGAAGAACCCAUUGUCAAGAUAAAGAUGAAUGCCAGAUUGGAGCCAGCAAGAUCUGUGGAAAUCAUACACUGUGUCAUAAUACACAUGGAAGUUUUUACUGUGUUUGCCUUCACGGAUACCGAGCCUCCAACAACAACAAGACAUUUAUUCCAAAUGAUGGCACAAACUGUACAGAUAUAGAUGAAUGUGAGGAGUCUGGGCUGUGUGGUCACAAUGCAAGAUGUGUGAAUACUGAGGGAAGCUACAAGUGUUACUGCAAUGAUGGUUAUAAAUUAGAAAAUGGAGAGCGUUCUUUUCUUCCGGAUGGAAACAGAGUUUCAUGCAAAGAAAUUGGAUGUGGUUCCCCCCCUGAAAUGAAGCACGGCUACAUUGUGGGGAACUACAGCUUGCUACCAGGAAGUGCAGUUCAUUAUGACUGUCAAGAAGGGUUUUACAGCAACAAGGGCAAAUUCUCAUACUGCACUGCAAAUGAAACUUGGGAGCCUGCCACUCUAAGCUGUGAAGGUGUGGAUUGUGGGGUUCCACCUUCUGUUUUGAAUGCACGUCCAGCAUUUGUAAGUGGGACCACAUACAGAAGUGAAAUUACUUACAAUUGUCUUCCUGGUUACUUGAUUGCAAGCGGGAACAGGACUGCAGUCUGUAAUGCCAAAGGACAGUGGGAUGGUCCUGAUUUGGUGUGCAAAGAGAUAGACUGUGGCAAACCUUUGCUGAUUCCACACACAACAGUUACCUGGGAUAACUCUACCGCUCUGUGGAGCAGAGUGUACUAUCAGUGUAAAGAAGGAUAUUAUUUCAAUGGAGACAAGAAUUUUUCAGAAUGCACAAUAGAUCAGUCAUGGGAAAAUAUUACAUACAUAUGCAAAGAAGAGGAAUUAUUCAGUAAUUUGUCCAUAUUCAAUGAAACAUGUGUGAAAUGGCAAAGGAAAACUGGAAGACUGGGAGUGCAGAAAAUGUACACAUUUCAUAUCCUAGGCCAAAGAUGGGAUGAGAAGAUGUUCUCAGAAGAUGUGAUGUUUAACAUCAGCACAAGUGAAGAUAAUCCACAGGUGUGUUUAGAGCUGAACUCUGGACGUAACUAUGUGGUGAAUAUUACUACCAUCUCUUCCAAGAACAUCACUGUCUCAGUUACAGUAUCAGUUCAGACAAAGGUAAAAGAAGCUUUCAAUAAUGUAUUAAUUUUUAAUGAUACCUGCUUGAAAUGGCGGAGAAAUGUCAGGGAAACUGAUGUGGAAGACAGAUACUCAUUUCAUGUGCGAGGCCAGCGUUGGUAUCAGAAGGACUUCAUUCAUGAAAUGACCUUUGAACUUACCACACACAAGAAAGCUCCUGAAGUUUGUUUUGAUUUACACCCAGGCACCAAUUACUCUGUUAAUAUUUCCAUGGUAGCUUUGAAUUUUUCAAUGCUUGUUUCCAUGACAACACAAAUUACAGAUCCCCCUUUCCCAGAUGUAGAAUUUGUUGCAGUAAAAGGUUCUACACCUUUGCUUAGACUCCGGAAAGCAGAAGAUCAGAAUGGACCGAUCAGUCUGUAUCAAGUGAUUGUGCUUCCUCUGGGUUUGCAAAGCACUUUUAUUUGUGACUCCUUUGCUACUGCAACUUUCUUUAGUGACACCACUGAUGUUAAAGGAUAUGUGGCAGCUGAAUUUCCGGCGAAAGAUGUUGCUGAUAACAUGUCAAUUGCUCUUGGAGACAGACAUUACUACGGGAAGUUUUAUAAUGCUCCUUUAAAGUUGGGAGAAGAGUAUUGUGUUUUUUUGAGAAUAAUAAGUGAGUGGAAUAAGGUAAGAACACAGUCCUGUGCUGUUUGGGCGCAAAUUAAAAGUUUGUCACCCCCUCCGCAGUACAUGAUCGCUGUUGGAUUGGGGUCAGUGGCUGCCGUCUGCCUUAUACUGUUCCUGUCAUUCUCAGUGGCACGCUCUUAUCUCCACAGCACAGCGCAUCCCCCACCUGCUGCUGUAGCCUGCGAGGCUGUACAUUUAUCUGCUACAAUAGAUGUGGCACAAGCAAGGAUUACAUCAUCAUUCCUGGAGACUGAAAAUGUCUCUCUUCUCUGAUGAGUUAUCCCCUGAAGUCAGCAUAGAGAAAAUGUACUCUUAUCACUGCCAGCGUCUGUCAAGUAUGGACAUAUCUGCAUGUCACAUAUGUACUAUAGCAGUUGAAAUGUGUCUGUCAUGGCAAGUGAGAUGUUUGUUGUCUUCCCUUAUUCCAGAUGGUGUGAUGUGUAAAGGAGAACCUUCCCUCACAAACAGAUUUGUGUCUGAGACAUUAUCAUGCAUUCUGUGUGUUGGUCACAGGCUUUCAGCUAUUCCAGCUGCAUGAGCGCCUGAUAAUGAGUGCUUGUAUUGUACUCGAUUACAUGAAUAAUCCCCUGAUUCAGUUGAGACUGUCUGAGGAUUAACUGUUACUUAGAUACCUUUGGACACAUAAACUAACCCAUUAUGAGAGAAAAUAGAGAUCUACCUUUAUAUGAGAUAAAGUACCUGUUGUAUUUCCAAGUAUAAGGGUAGAACACUUUUAUCAAUCACUUAGGAGUAAUGGUACAUCAGUAACGUACGCUUGCUAGCCAUGAAAUUGUCACAUUUAAGUAGUAUCAGCAACAGAGGUGUUUCAGAUAUAUUGCAAUCAUUGCUCAUAGCAAUUAGCAAUAAUUGCAAAUAAUAUACCAAUCUAUAAAACUGCAGUUUGACAAAAAGCUGACUAGCCUAAUUAAAGGAAGGACCUACCUGUGUUAAGUGCAGUUUGUUAAUCUCUGUUCUAUAAUUACUGCUGAGUAAAGCCAUUAAAUUUUUGUCUGGUUAGUGGGCUGGUGUGUAAGAUCUGGUUAGAAUCAAUAAAGUACAAUUAACCAAUUUCCUAUGUCAUACUCCCAGUUGAUAUAUUUUUUUCUCCUAUAAGAAAGAAUCAAGUGACUGAUUACUUGUACUCCUGUUCA